CCUCAAAGCGGAGGAGGAGAUUGGCCGCCCGGGGCGCGUGGGGGCGGCCGUUGCUCUCUUUGAACGCUGAGGGGCCGCCCUACCCCGCGCGCUGCUCCGGCUGCUGCCAUGGCCUUCGCCCGCGCGCCGCUCCGCCGCUUCAACGAUGCCUCCGUAUGUAUCCCACUGCGACAAUCCUGCGAUGCUAAAUCUUCGGACACACUGAGAAGUUCUCUGUUCUCUGAAACAAGUCAACGGGUUAGGAAACAGAAAAGUAGCUGUAAAGGUUGCACAGAACACAGUGGUGAGACAAACCUGAACAGUAAAGAGAGUGCACCUACCCCUGUAAUUGGAAGGAGACUCGCAUCUCUCAGAUCAACACCAGCUAACAGGACUCCGAACCUUAAAAAAGAUCUUAACCUUUUGAAAGAGAAAAAGAAACAGAAGACUCUGGAGAAGGAGAUUCGUGCAUUAGUGAGAGAGCGUGGAGAGCAAGAUAAAAAACUUCAGGCUCUAGAUGAGGAUUUUGUUAAGAUUGAAGCGAAGCUAAGUGCAACAGUUCAGGAGAAAACAUCUCUUUUGGCAAACAUUGCAUGCCUAAAAAAACAGCUUCUGGAACUAAGAAGAACCAAUGAACUACUGAAGUCGAAGCUGUCUGAAGAUGGCAUGCAGAAGAAAAUGAGCAGCCUGUGUGUGGAGUUAAUGAAGCUCAGAAACAAGAGGGAUGCUAAGGAGAAGACUGCACUUGCAAAGCAAGAAGACAUGGAAAUGAAGCUGCAGCAAGUUCAAAGGCAUCUGGAGGACUCAAAAGGGAAAGUAGCACAGUUAGAAGAAAAACUAUCUGCUACUGAGAGAGAGAAAGUUGAAGAAAAGUCUGACACUGAAAAACUCCUGGAAUAUAUCACUGAGCUCAGUAGUGUUGCAGAAACAGCUGAGAAAUACAAACUAGAUGUUGCGCAGAUGGAGGAUAUGCUGAUGAAGAAAGACCAAGAUAUUGAGAUGCUGAGGGAUAGCCUCAAAACAAAAGAGGAAGAACCAUUUCAAGUGAUAAAAGAACUAAAUGAAAGAUGUCAAUUGCUUCAACAAGAAAAAGAGAAUGGGUUGUCAGAGACCAGAGGAAAAUUGCUGAGUAUGAAGGCUGAAAUAGAAGACCUGAAAAAAAAAAUUGGCUUAGAUGAACAAGAACACCAAAAACUGCUUCAGAAACAUGAGGAGGUGGUCUCUCAGCUGCAGCAAGAGAAGGAGUCAUCUGCAUCAAUGCACCAGAAGCUGCUGGAGUUGCAAGAUGAAGUAACAAGCGAGAGACAACUUCUUGAAGAAGAGCUGAAUGAUACCAUGAAUGAGCUGAAUAAAUUACAUGCUAAGGAGAAGAAAGCUGAAAAGUUGGUGAAGCGGUUGGAACAAGAAAUCAAAUCUCAAGCUCUUGAACUUGCACAGAUGGAAGUGAAACUGAAAGGGAGGAAUGCUGAGUUGGAGCAAAUCAAUGAAACGCACAGCAAUGCUGUUCUGCAAAUCCAAGAAGAGCAUAGCAAUACACUGCGUAAACUUGGAAAGACUGUUGCUGAGUUCGAAAGCUACAAGAAGACAACAUGUGAAGAAAUAUGCAGUCUUAAACUGCAGAAGACCUCUCUGGAAGAAGAAGUUUCCAACCUGAAGAAAAUAGGCCAAGAUAAUCUACACCUGCUCCAGGAAGCAGAAUACACUAAAAACAAAGCAAAAGAGGAAUGUGCAAGGAUGCUUUUAGAAGUCCAGACAAAGCUUGCAUUAAAAGAAGCAGAAACAGAGAGAACAAGAGAGUCUUGUCUUGCACAAAUGAAUAAACUUCAGGAAAAACUGGAAGAACAAACUGAAGAUCUGAAACGAAAACUUGAAUUGGAAAAAUCAAGGGAAGCCAUAAAUGAAGAUGUGAUCUCUAGCUUAAAAGAAGAGAUAAAGACCUGGCGUAAUCUAUAUGAAGAUUUACAUAACAAAGCUAAGCCUUUUCAGCAUCAACUAGAUGCAUUUGAAGCAGAGAGGAACGCGCUUUUAAAUGAGCAUGGUGCAGCCCAAGAAGAACUGAAUAAACUAAGUGAUGCAUAUGCCAAACUACUUGGUCACCAGAACCAGAAGCAAAAAAUCAAGCAUGUUAUGAAGUUGAAGGAAGAAAAUACCCACCUGAAGCAGGAUGUCUCAAAACUGCGUGCAUUGUUAGCAAAGGAAAAGCAAACCAACAGAGAUCUUCAGGAGCAAGUAUAUGCAAUUCAGGGCAUUAGGCGCUUUGACCCUUCCAAAGCUUUCCAGCAUGAUAGUAAGGAAAAUAUUCCUCCAAAAACUCCUUUUAAAGAAGGUAAUAAAAACAAAAUUUAAUCGCUUGGUAUUAAGAAAAGUACCAUAAAUCAUGAACACACUGAUGUGCUACAGAAGACUUCAACAGACAACUAACUCAAGGUGAACUGGGAUGCUACGUAUGCUACAAAUUAGUAGAAGUACUAGAGAAAUGUGAUAAAACCAUAUAUUUUUAGAACUGUACCUGGUUAUACUCUUGCUGAGAUGCCAUCAGUGACUGUAUGUUCCAGACUCCUGGUAACACUCUUGCACCCUUGAACUCCCAAAACUGCUCAUAGCUUUACCUUUUUGGUAUGCUGAAGCUGCUUAGUUGGUUUUCAACGCAGCAGCUUGAGUUAAGAAAAUAUGAAUAAGCACUGGAGAAUUAGAAUGGCAAAUGAAAUCUGAUUUUAGGACUUUUUUUUUUUUGCAUCUGCAGUAUACAAUCUGACAUUAAAUGUUGCUCUGUAUGAUUGCUUCACUGCCAAUGGCAGGAAUGCUGCCAAGAGACCCUUUUUCCUCUAUGGCCUACGUAAUAUAGAGCCAAUGUAGAAAAUUGGACUGUACAGUUAGUUUUUAUAUUCUUAAUAGGAUCUACAUUCAGGACAUGCUAAUUUAAAACCUGGGGCUAGCUAUUGCAGCCGUUUAUCUUCAGCAGAGGAUUUUCAGGUCAAAUUCAAAUUGACUGCAUUUACCUAAAUGUUUGCAUACUGUGGCCAAGAUUAGUAUCUUAAGAUAAAUGUCUAUUAUGAAUUCUGUGCUCACUGGACUCUUCAAUUGUAAUACCUUGGUAGCCAGCUGUUAUAGCUGAUCAGUGCUUUGUGAAGGGAAAUAACAGAAUUUGCCUUAAUUGGGUGGGAAGAUACCAACUGAACAUGCAUUCAUUGUGCAGUCUUGAAUUUUGGCAAGGCGGAAAGAAUCUGUUUAACUGCAUCUAAAACUAAGAGUGUUUUAGCACAAUAAAAACAUCAAAUAAAAUAAUUUCUCUAUUUCCUUGAUAAACGAGGGAUAAAACCAAAAUCAAAUUACGUGGUGGAAUUGACAUAAUGCUCUUUGUUCUAGUCUUAAAUCUUCAUAAUGAAGCCCAAUGUCAGUCUUGCCUCAAAGACCGUGUAUUCUUUAAUCUGACAGAAAUUAUUUAGCUGAACGUUACAGUACAUAGACCUGCAUACAGUACAUAGACUCUCAUUUCCUGUUAAUAUCCCUUAAUACAAAAGUAAAUACUAGAACUUCAGAAAACAUGGAGCUCUGUUCUUGUUAUUGUAUCUACUAAUAGCCUACAUAUGGGUGCUGCGGAGUCAGUAGGCAAAUCUUAGCGUCUUGAAUAUAAUGACAUUUAUACUGACAUUAAAAGCUUUCAGACAGUUGAUAAUGCCUAGGAGAUAUCAAAAACGCAUAUUAAGUCCAGGGAAAUAAAUUGUUAUGUCUUGUCUGUUAAUGUAAUGUGUUUGUGUAUUUGCUGGAUUAAUUUAACUUCUGCAGAUGGAGGAGGAGGAUUCAUCUCAGGUGUUUGGCUUGAGAAAUACUUGGUGUUCAAUUUAGCAGUUUGCUUGUAGUGUUGAGAUGCAGAGUUUAAUAAGGAAGUUGCUGGAAGAUUGAUACUAGUGUUAUCUCCUUGUGGAGAAAAAGAUACAGGUUUUUCUUGUCUUACAGAUGGAAAUGGGGUAAAACAAAACUAGAAGCAGUAUGUAUUAGUCUGACUCAUUUGAUGAGAAUGCAGCUUUACUAGAGGUCCUGAUGUUAUACAGCCUGGAUAUCCACUUGUCAGUGGAUGCAAAAUGAGCAGUGGGUCAAACCAAACUCCAUCCAGGGAGCAGCAGGGGCAAGAGCAAUGGGGGGGUGGGGGGGGCAAUCUGUAAACAACUGUGAGCAGAUGAAGUAACACUACAGCUAUCAUACUAGAGUGUCUCACAAAAUGUCAUCAGCCUGUCAUGUGUUCUUGCUGAAAGUUGCCCACUUCCUGUGGUGUUCUACUCAUGGGGGAUUUUUAAGGCAAAAUCAGUAUUCAUAAAUCAGAAUGUCAGUCUGCAAAGCCUUCAUGCCAAAAAAAUAAUACUUCCUUAGUUUAAUGGGUUUCUAAAAAUGUAGAUGAACCUAUUAAAAGAGAUUAGGGCGAGUCCAUUUUCACAAAAGGUUCCACAAGCCUCGAAACAUGGAAGUGAGGACCCUGAGUGAAGGUGUAUUUUUUUACCUGAACCUCAUUUUUGUUGUUUGACGUGUCCUGCAUCAACUAAGCAGGAUUGUCAAAGGGUGAAAGUAUACCAAGUGAAGCAAGAUACUGCAGGUAUCACGGGACUGUUUUUAGGAUGGCUACGUACUUUCUUCAUACAGUCUUCAGUUUUAAAAGUUUCUAGCUUAAUUGGCAGUUUUGCCUAGGUGUUAUUUCAAAUCCUUUUUACGCUAUCGUGAGCAUGCCUAUAUUGCAAAAAGAAUAGGGAAACUAGCAAAUAAUUAUGCUAACCUUGCAGCAAUGUCAAUUUUUGGUUUAGCUUUAAAAUACAGAUAAAGAAUGUAGAGCAGAUUGGAGAAAGAAGAAAAGAGUGGAGUCAAGGGCAAGUUUUACAUGCUUUAUGUCAACUUCUAGCUUUUGUGGUUUCGCCAGUUUCAUGCACAUGAAAUAAGCAUUAAAAACUGAAACCUUGAUACUGGUAGCUCAACUGACUUAAGUAUUCACUGCAGGAAUCAAUUACUUUCCUGUUGUCGAAUAUAGCCUUUUUUUAAUUGAAAGAAUAUAUGAUUUAACAAGUCAUUAUUUUUCUGAUCAGCUGUCUUGCUGUAUUGUAGCACAAUCUGCGUUGUACUUAGUUUAAAAUUAAAACGGAGAGCUGACAGAACCCUCAACCUGGCUGACCCAAUUAGAGCCCUCCUCCUGUUUGCUGUAAAAGGGAAACUGCCUAAUGCUCAGUGCCAGUGCUUUGAGUAGGUUGGAUGCACGCAACAGCUGCACUUGCUCACGCUGGCUGUUGGGAAGUGAAAAUUUAAGUUCAUACUGAGCUGCUUAAAUGGUACCACUGGGAAUCAACUAAAAGCUUAACAGGAUCCGGAGCCCCAUGUGAUAUGGGGCUUGGAUUAGAGCUUUGGUUUCAAAGGUCAACUGAGCUAUUGCUGCUUUCAGUCCAUGUGCUCUCUGCAGGCAAAAGCAGACAAAGGGACAAACAUGCAGUUGAACUGCAAUAAUUUCCUAGGCUGGUAAUUCCUGCUGUAGCUUGAGGCAAGGCCUGAAAUGGUGGUGGAAAUGGAGCAGGUAAGGCUCUGGAUACUUGCAUUAAUAGAUUGAUGCCACACUUUGAUUACAGAAUCUAGGGAAAAGGAAACAGGAGAGAGAGAGAAAGACUUAAUUAUGCUUUAGUCUCUGCAAAUUAGAGUCUGAAUCGUUACUUUAAUGAAUGGUGCAUUUAGUUACCCGCUAAUGAGUUAUGCUUAAAUGACUGCGAUACGGACUAUAAUAAAUUUAUCUAUCCCAUUAAA